AGUCCAACAUCAGUACCAGCCCAAAAACAGAAAGCAUUUUAUUUCAAAAAAAAAAAGAAAAAAAAAAAAACCAUCAGUUUGUGUGUUUAUUGUUGGUGAAAUUAAAGCAAGCUGCAAUGGCUAUUCCAGUGAUUGAUUUCUCAAAGCUGAAUGGUGAGGAAAGAGCCAAAACUCUGGCUCAGAUUGCCAUUUGCUGUGAGGAAUGGGGUUUCUUUCAGCUGGUGAAUCAUGGGAUUCCCGAGGAGCUCCUGGGCAGGGUGAAGAAGGUGAGCUCCGAGUGCUUUGAGCUCGAGAGAGAGGAGGCUUUCAAGAGCUCAAAACCAGUGGAGUUGUUGAAGGAGCUGGAGAAGAAGGGUGAUGAUGACAGUGAGAAGUUGGAGAGUGUAGAUUGGGAGGAUGUCUUUCUUCUCACAGAUCAUCAAGAAUGGCCAUCUAACAACCAACAAUUCAAGGAAACAAUGAAGGAAUAUCGAAGCGAGCUGAAGAAGCUGGCAGAGAGAGUAAUGGAAGUAAUGGAUGAAAACCUGGGCUUACCACAAGGAUACAUUAAAAAGGCCUUCAAUGGAGGAGAGGAGGAUGGUGCUUUCUUUGGCACCAAAGUGAGCCAUUAUCCCCCCUGCCCUCACCCAGAAAGGGUGAACGGCCUCCGAGCCCACACUGAUGCUGGGGGUGUGAUCCUACUCUUCCAAGAUGACCAAGUGGAUGGCCUGCAAAUCCUUAAAGAUGGGAAAUGGGUGGAUGUGCAGCCUGUUCCCAAUGCCAUUGUCAUCAACACAGGGGACCAGAUUGAGGUGCUAAGCAAUGGGAGGUACAAGAGUGUUUGGCACAGGGUUAUGGCUAAACCGGAUGGGAAUAGGAGCUCCAUUGCUUCCUUCUAUAACCCUUCUCUUAAAGCCACAAUCUCCCCUGCGCCACAACUUGUGGAGAAAGACGAGAAGAAUAAUGAAGCCGAACAAGGCUAUCCCACUUUCGUGUUCGGGGAUUACAUGUCGGUUUACACGCUUCAGAAGUUCCUUCCUAAAGAACCAAGGUUCCAAGCUGUUAGAGCUAUGUGAUCGAUCCAGGAGAAACAACACCACUGCAUCUUUUUUUUCUUUUUUCUUUUUUGUACUUGCUGUAAUGGAUUUCUUCAUGGGGUGUGAAUUGGGGUUACUUAUAAAUUAAAGAUGUUCCAAGAGAGCAAACUUGCUGUUCUUGGCUUGUAGUACUUCAACUAUACAUACAGAAGUGCAUGGGGUUGUGUUUGUUCUUAUCUUUUUCUUCCCAGAUUUUAGUUAAAGAAAUGUAUGUGUUCUUCU